CCUGUGACUGCCACCCUGUCGGCGCCGCUGGCAAGACCUGCAACCAGACGACAGGGCAGUGCCCGUGCAAGGAUGGCGUGACCGGCCUCACCUGCAACCGUUGUGCCAAGGGCUACCAGCAAAGCCGCUCGCCGGUGGCCCCCUGCAUCAAGAUCCCUGCCAUCAACCCCACCUCCCUGGUCACCAGCACAGAAGCACCUGCAGACUGUGACUCCUACUGCAAGCCAGCCAAGGGCAACUACAAGAUCAACAUGAAGAAGUACUGCAAGAAGGACUACGUGGUCCAGGUGAACAUCCUGGAAAUGGAGACAGUGGCCAACUGGGCCAAGUUCACCAUCAACAUCCUCUCUGUCUACAAGUGCCGGGACGAGCGGGUCAAGCGCGGCGACAACUUCUUGUGGAUCCACCUGAAAGACCUGUCCUGCAAGUGCCCCAAGAUCCAGAUCAGCAAGAAGUACUUGGUCAUGGGGAUCAGCGAAAACUCCACUGACCGGCCGGGACUGAUGGCCGACAAGAACAGCCUGGUCAUCCAGUGGCGGGACGCCUGGACGCGCCGCCUUCGGAAACUGCAGCGGCGGGAGAAGAAGGGGAAGUGCGUGAAGCCCUGA